ACCGAAUAAACCGAAUGGUGCAGAACCCUCCACGUCUCCGGGGAUUGGCACCGCCCGGGGUGUCAAUCACAGCUUUGCAGAGGGUUCAGUGGGAGGGGAAGCGGAGGGCGGGUUGGAGCGGGCUUGCAGUCGCAUCUUUUCCGCUGGGCUGGCAGGGAGCGCUUUGCUUGCUGCAGUCUGGAGCUGUGGGGGCCAGCUGCUGCUGUUGUGAUGAGGAUGGGGACAUGGAGCAGGGACAUGGCUCAUUGUUGAGCGGGAGUGGAACUGCUGAUGCGACAGCGGGUUCCAGCAGCUCCCGAAGGAUCUGAACGGGACGAGCGCUGAAUAACCCGGCCCGUAUCGGCGCCGCCAGACAGAUGCACCCCGUUCCCGCAAUCCGACCACGUUUGUCUGAAGAGAACAGUGCCAGGUGAGGUGAGGAGUCGAAACGUUAAGAGGGAGCUCCAAAACUAAUUCACGUGCAGAUAUGGAGUUUGAUCAGCCAUUUACAUUCAACUCUCUGAAAAAACUGGCUGCUGCCCCCAGUCACACGGAUGUUACCUUGUCUCCGCAAGAGCGAGUGAGGGUCCUCACCAAAAUGGGCUGCAACAUAGAAAUCAGUGAGGUCAUUACCCCCCGUCGCUACUUCAGGUCUGGAGUGGAGAUGGUCCAAAUGGCAUCUGUCUACUUGGAAGAAGGAAACCUUGAAAAUGCUUUCGUCCUUUAUAACAAGUUUAUAACUUUGUUUGUUGAGAAAUUGCCAAAGCAUCGGGAUUAUCAAACGUGUGCAAUUCCAGAAAAGCAGGAUAUUCUGAAAAAAUUAAAGGAGGUUGCUUUUCCAAGGGCAGAGGAGUUGAAGGCGCAGCUUAUUGCCAAAUAUGAUGCUGAAUAUAAAGAAUAUGUGACUGCUCAGAGCAAAUCUAGAGAAGAUAAAUUGGAAAAAGAGCAGCAAAAUAAGUUGAUUGAGGAGGAAAAAAUGCGCGUUGCUAGGAUUCGACAGCAGCAGUUGGAAGUGCAACAGUUCCGUAUCUUUGAAGAGCAGCUUAAGAGGCAGGACUUUGAGAAGGAGAAGCAGAAAGAGGUAAAGCUGCAAGUGUCGGAGCAGAGUGAUGGUGGGAUGCUGACAUGCACUGCUGCUGCCUAUGGAAACACCGAGCCUUCCGUUCUUCCCCGGUGGGGAGUUAACGUUGCCGGACAGCUGCCAAGUGAUGCCCGACCAGGGUGGUGCCCUCCUGUGGAUAGGUCCCUCAAACCACAGAGCACCUCAAGUAGGCAAAAUGUUGAUGGGCUUCAGCACGUGGUCCUUCCAAAGAAUCUUUGCCAAAGGUUUUUGAUGCGGGCUGAUGCAAAUACAGCACGAGGAAUAGAAACCUGUGGAAUUCUUAGUGGGAAGCUGACACAUGACGAGUUUACAAUUACACAUGUAAUAAUACCUAAACAGUCUGGGGGACCAGAUUACUGUGACACCGAGAAUGAAGAGGAAUUGUUUACUAUUCAGAAUGAACAUGGCCUUAUCACUUUGGGCUGGAUCCAUACCCAUCCAACACAGACUGCAUUUCUUUCAAGUGUUGAUCUUCAUACUCAUUGCUCCUAUCAGUUGAUGUUGCCAGAGUCCAUUGCAAUUGUUUGUGCUCCCAAACACAAUGAGACUGCAGCCUUCCGCCUUACUCCUGCAGGGAUGCUGGAAGUUUCCUCCUGCCGAAAGAAAGGGUUUCAUCCACAUUCUAAAGAGCCAGCUUUAUACCAAACUUGCAAACACAUUAUUAUAAAAGAUAUGAAUAUAAUCAUCUUGGACAUGAGGUGACAAUGUGAGACUACCACAUACAUGGAGUCGGUAUAAAUUAUUUCUAUUGUAAGGACACAAAUGUCGCUUUCAAAUUUCAAUGACCAGUUUUGGCCAACUGGAUUAUUUAAUGCUCUUUUUGUAUAUUCAUGUUACAAAAAAAUGCAUACCGGUCGCUAAUAUUUAUUUUUGAAAUGCACCAAAUAUUUCACAGGCAUAAUGUGAAAUUAUAAAUGCUAGUUAUCCACAAGACUGUUUAUAAAAUCGAAUCUGCACUUCAAUCAGAAACCAAUAAAUAUUAAUCUCUUUGGUA